AGCAGUCGCGUCAGCAGUCGAGCGAGGAUGGCGGGAGUUCCUCACCAACCCCAGAACCCGCAGCAAACCGUCGUCCCGGCUACCAAGGUGGAGAUCUCCCUGUCAUGCAGGAACCUGUUGGAUAUGGAUGUCUUCUCCAAGUCGGACCCAAUGGCUGUGAUGUUUGUCCAGGCGACCGCCUCCACCGAGUACAGAGAGUACGGCCGUACAGAGACGAUAUGGAACACCCUCAACCCCGACUUUGUCAAGAAGUUCACCAUCGACUACUUCUUCGAGGAGUCCCAGAAGCUCAUGUUCAAAGUGUACGACAUUGACUCCCAAAGUGCUGAUCUCUCCAAACAUGACUUCCUUGGGCAGGUAACAUGUACCCUGGGAGAGAUUGUCGGCGCGCCAGGCAGCAAGAUCGAGAAACCGCUCACAAGUGGUCCAGCUAAGAAGUGUGGCAAAAUCAUCCUGUCAGCCGAGGAGCUGAGUAGUUGUAAGGACGCUGUGACGUUGCAGUUCCGCGCCUCCAAGCUGGAUAAGAAGGAUUUCUUCGGCAAGUCCGACCCCUUCCUGCUCUUCUACCGAUGCAAUGAGGACGGAAGCUGGACAACCUGCCACAAGACGGAGGUCAUCAAAACGCUGAACCCGCAGUGGAAACAUUUCACUUUUCCUGUCAGGACCUUCUGCAAUGCUGACUAUGACAGGACCAUCAAAGUGGAGUGUUAUGACUGGAACAGGGACGGAGGCCAUGACCUCAUCGGUGUGUUUACGACCAACCUGCGGCAGCUGACCUCCGGACCCACCGGCUCGCAGACCUUCGAUGUGAUCCAUCCCAAGAAGAAGGUUAAGAAGAAGAAGUACAAGAACUCGGGGACGGUGACUCUGCUGUACGCUAAGGUGGAGCAGCAGUACUCGUUCCUGGACUACGUCAGGGGAGGGACACAGAUGAACUUCACAGUAGCCAUCGACUUCACAGCUUCAAAUGGCCAGCCGACGCAGCCGACAUCGCUCCACUACAUCAACCCGUACGGUAUGAACCAGUACGCAACUGCGCUGUGGGCGGUCGGAGAGAUCAUACAGGACUACGACAGUGACAAGUUGUUCCCAGCGUUUGGGUUUGGCGCGAGAACCCCGCCGGGCUACGCAGUGUCGCACUGCUUCCCGCUGAACGGGCAGCCCGGGAACCCGUACUGCUUCGGCGUGGCCGGCAUCAUGGAGGCCUACCAGUGGACACUGCGCCAGGUCCAGCUGUUCGGCCCCACCAACUUCUCUCCUGUCAUCAACCAUGUCGCCAGGUUGGCGUCCCAGAGCAGGGAGGGUUCGGAGUACUUCGUCCUGCUGAUCGUGACAGACGGAGUCAUCACCGACUUCGAGCAGACCAAGGAGGCCAUCGUCAAUGCAGCCACACUGCCGCUGUCCAUCAUCAUCGUUGGUGUCGGCAACGACGACUUCGAAGCUAUGGAGAUCCUGGACGGAGACGAGGUCAGACUGUCGUACCGGGGCCGACAGGCAGAGAGGGACAUCGUACAGUUUGUUCCGUUCCGUGACUACGUGGACAGGCAGGGGAACCAGGUCCUCAGCCAGGCACGGCUGGCCAAGGAUGUGCUGGCGGAGGUGCCCGAUCAGCUGCUGUCCUACAUGAAGAAACACGGCAUCAAACCGGGCGCGCCGCCCCCAGCCUACGUAGCGCCCGCAGGACCAACCGCUCCCUCUGCACCUGCAGGUCCCGGGGGUACCAACAUCAUAUAGGCCCGCGGCUACAGGCCCAUGGCUACAGGCCCGCGGCUACAGGCCCAGGGGCAUCCAACAUCAUAUAGGAGCAUGGCUAUUCACUUUGUGGGGAUAGGUUCAAAUCUUCCAUGAUGAUAUGAUAGAAGAUUACAAUUUAAUUCCACUUUUAAAUAACAUUUUGAAAAACUAUGACAGUCUACAUUUGAUAAUCAUUAAUCUUGAACAAUGAUGAUCAAUAAUAUUGAACCUUAAUUUUUAUACUACGUAUACAGAAUAAGUGCACCAGUGCGCCUUUUCUCAAAAAAAUUAUUUUGAGCCCAUAUCUUGUACAGGUUUGACUGUACUUGUAUUUUCUAAGGUUUACAUCUAUGUGUUACAGACAUCCAAACAUAUGUUCAGAGUUCAACCUUAGGGUGGGUUCAAAUGACUGAGUGUAUACCUUUUAGUUUAGGUAAAACUGGAAAGUCAGAUCUUUUAGUUUAGGUAAAAUUUAUUGAGAAAAAGCUAUGUUUUCCUUUCACUUCAAGUCUGAAGAUUGGUGAUCAAACAAGGCAAAAACCUUUUUUGGCCGCAAACUUUUCCUAGACCCAAAAAAUGUUUAGAUACUGAGCUCAUACGAACUUGACUAUACAGUCAUGUGAACCCACCCAGAGACAGAGGUAAACUUUAAGAUGCCAUACUAGCCAUUGCUGAGCUCUUAAGGGAAUGUAAAACCCAAACUUGCAUUCACUUCAGUGGGCAUCUCACUUGGCUGUGGCUUGUCACUGGCGUCACAGCAUUUUAAAUCGGAUUUGUGUAAUUGGCGAGAAUGUUGUGCAAAACGUACCAGUGCGAGUGAAAAGACAACAAAACACAGGAAGCACAAAAUUAAUUUUUAUAUGGAUGAAAUUUGUUGAGCGCUCUGUCAAAUCGCUCGGCCGUGACAGCGCUACCAACGUGCCGCAGCUUUGCUGAGAUGCCGGCUUAGUGAGCUGAAAUAAGGGCUUCCAACUGGUGUCCUCAAUGUCUGGAAAAUAUCGCAAGUUUCCAAAAGGUGCAGUAAGGAGCUUCUGAAUAGUUCUUAACUCGCAGAAAGGCCACUUCAGGUAUCUUCCUAAUAUAGUUACGUAAAGAAACCUAUGAAAUUUGUGAUGUAAGAAAUUUUGUGAUAUACAUGUAAGAAAAUGAAUUAAUCAAGACAUUUUGAUGUUGAUACAAGUAAUUAUGUGAACAAAGUUCUUCCUGGCUUGCUAUAACAAAUGUCUUUCAAGUAUAAUGGUCAGCUGUGAGGGAGAAUUUUGAAGGA